GCCAUGGCCACCAUAGUGGACUUCCAGGACGAGGAGCAGGUGAGGUCCUUUCUGGAGAACAUGGAGGUGUUGUGCAACUACCAGUGCUACCGCGAAAAGGAUCCGGACGGUGAGCGCGCGGCCCGGGGACACGUGGAGACGCGUGGGGGGGGGCGCGGGCCGAGAGGUUGCUAUCGGCUGGUGGACUAUUUGGAAGGGAUCCAGAAGAAUUUUGACGAGGCUGCCAAGGUGUUGAAGUUCAACUGUGAAGAGUACAAGCACAGUGACAGCUGCUACAAGCUGGGGGCCUAUUAUGUGACUGGAAAAGGUGGACUAACCCAGGACCUGAAGGCUGCCUCCCGCUGCUUUUUGAUGGCAUGUGAGAAGCCUGGAAGGAAGUCUAUAGAAGCAUGUCACAACGUUGGUCUCCUGGCACAUGAUGGCCAGGGCAAUGAGGAUGGCCAGCCCGACCUGGGGAAGGCCAGGGACUACUACUCAAGGGCCUGUGAUGGUGGCUAUGCUGCCAGCUGCUUCAACCUUAGUGCCAUGUUCCUGCAGGGUGUCCCUGGCCUUCCCAAGGACAUGGACCUGGCAUGUCAAUACUCAAUGAAAGCCUGUGACCUGGGCCAUAUCUGGGCCUGUGCCAAUGCCAGUCGCAUGUACAAGCUAGGGGAUGGUGUUGAUAAGGACGAGGCCAAGGCUGAGGUGCUAAAAAAUCGGGCCUGGCAGCUACACAAAGAACAGCAGAAAAGUGUCCAGCCCUUAACAUUUGGGUAAUGUGACCCACCCUUCCUCCCAGGCAUCAAAUAGCUUGAGUCUGGCACCUCCUAUUUCUGAGGACUGAUGCAACCCUUGAAGGUCAACCUGCUGGAGCAGGAAAACUUGGGACUUGAAUCAGUAGCUCUGGUUACAUUGAUCCAUUGCCCCGAAGUGUCACCUACUGGGAAGUAGCCUGCAGUGCUUAUUUCAGCCGAUGUCCCUUUAUGUGGGUGUGUUCUGUGAAGAUACCCAUAUUUAUGGAUCUUAGUUUUCAACUCUGUGAUAAAUAGAAGCAAACUGAAAGCCAUAGAGAUGGGUGUGGAGUAUAGUGGGAAGUUGGAAAAGUUAACAGCCACAGGGUCUGAAGGAGUCAGCCAUCAGCAUCACCAUCAUCAUCAUCAUAUUAGGGCUUGAAAACCAGAAACUAUCUUGACUUACGUAAUCGAGGUCUUAAGGAGCUAAGAAUAAUAGUCUCCACUGCCACCCUUGACUUAUGUAAUCACUGGUGUGGGUUUUUUGCCUUUGGGAUCAGAUCUUUUGAUAAAUUUACAGAGAUCAGGAGGGACGUGCAACAUAAAGGCUAAAGGUCGUCGUGCCUUAGGGUUGCUAAUGAAGAUGAAGCAGAAUUCACGGUUCCAGAUCACAUCCCCAUGUAGUCACCUGGCGCUGCCUGUCAUGCCGAGGGGGUGGAUGAUUUCCAAGGCAGCUUCAGCUAGGAGUUUGUAAGCAAGGACUUGGUGACACGUUCUGUCCCCCGGAACUGACCCUUUUUAACUGUCCCUGUGAAUCUGUGAAUAAAUGAUUUUGAUGGAA